AACGCAUUGAACACACUAUCAAUGGCAAACAUCGUGUGUUUAGCGAUUUGACAACUGGCAAGCUUCCUUUGAGUUCUUUCUCUCAUCGUACCUCAAAAUGGGUAUUAGCCGCGAUAGCUUCCACAAAAGACGCGCCACUGGUGGCAAACGCAAGCAGCUUCGUAAGAAGCGUAAGUUUGAAUUGGGUCGUCCAGCUGCCAAUACAAAGAUUGGACAACAACGUGUUCAUGAUGUUCGAACUCGCGGUGGAAAUGUCAAGCAACGUGCUCUUCGUUUAGAUCAUGGAAACUUUGCCUGGGCAUCGGAGGGUGCAACUCGUAAGACUCGUAUCAUCGAUGUCGUAUACAAUGCAUCAAAUAACGAAUUGGUUCGUACCAAAACUUUGGUAAAGAAUGCCAUCAUCGUUAUCGAUGCUACUCCAUUCCGUCAAUGGUAUGAAGCCCAUUACAUUUUGCCAUUGGGUCGUAAGCGUGAAACCAAACAACAGUUGGCCGAAGAUCCAGUAUUGAACAAAAAACGAUGCCGUUCAGUCAUGGCUAAAUACCUUGCACGUCAACGUAACGCCAAAGUCGAACCAGCUCUUGAAGAACAAUUCGGCUCAGGUCGUCUUUUGGCUUCUAUCUCUUCACGACCAGGUCAAAGCGGUCGCGCCGACGGUUACAUUCUCGAAGGCAAAGAAUUGGAAUUCUACAUGAAAAAGAUUAAAUCGAAGAAAGGCAAAUAAACCACACAAUCCGCUUAAUGUGUAUUGUUAAGAAAAAAUAAAUAUCCAGAUAUUAUGGAAAUUUAAUACAAACAAAAAAA